UCUCUCUGUCUGCUUCUCUCUCUAAGCUACCUCCUAGAUCCCAGGUUUCCACUUUCCAUGCGUUUUUCUGCCCUUUGCCACACUAGGCAAAGUGAUCAGUCACAAAGAUAAGGAUGGAUUUUCUCAUUUUUCAUGCUGUGCUUCGGUUAUAGAGUUUAGAAGGGAGAGAGAGAGAGAGAGAGAGAGAGAGAGAGACCCUGUCCACGUUUCAUAGACUCAGCCUUUUUCUUUUUAUGCAUGUAGCUAGCUUCCCUUGGUAGCAGAGAGACCCAUUUCUCCUGUCCCCUUUUCCCCCUCUGUUGGUUGUUCUCCUCUUUUGUUGGGGCGUGCUGGUUUGCUUGUUUGCAUUGUGACACUAUAUCUGCUUCUUGGGUGGUGGAUUAUCUGGGGGUUUUUGGAAGCACAGGAAGAGCAACGUUUCGUUCCUUGUGCAGAGAGAGAGAGAAAGAGCUUCCAGGCGAAGUUUGGUGCUGUGGAAGGAUAACUAGGAUGACUGCAGAGGAUUGCCCGGGGAGUGAGAAGGACGAUGAUUUUCCUGUUGGUAUGCGGGUUCUUGCUGUUGAUGAUGACCCCACAUGCCUGAAACUGCUGGAAAGUCUGCUGCAUCUCUGCCAGUAUCAUGUUACUACGACUUCCCAGGCGAUCACUGCUUUGAAGUUGCUGAGGGAAAACCCUGAUGGUUUCGAUCUUGUUUUAAGCGACGUGCACAUGCCUGAUAUGGAUGGUUUCAAACUCUUGGAGCUCAUAGGGCUAGAAAUGGACCUCCCUGUGAUAAUGAUGUCUGUCAACAGUGAAACUAGCACUGUUAUGAAGGGCAUAACUCAUGGAGCUUGUGAUUAUUUAUUGAAACCAAUCCGCAUAGAGGAGCUUAGAAACAUGUGGCAACAUGUGGUCAGAAAGAAGAAAGUGGGGUCUAAAGAUCGCAGAAAGAAGGACAAUGAUGAUGAUUAUAGCAAAUUUUCCCAUGGUACUGAUGGUGCACAGGGGCACAAUGUGGUAGGACAGGCACAUAUAAACUGCAAAUUAGCUAAGAAACGAAGAGACAGAAACAUUGAAGAAGAAGAUGAUGAUGAUGAAGAGGAAAAUGGCAAUGAAAAUGAGGACCAGAUGACACAGAAAAAACCAAGGGUGGUUUGGUCUGUAGAGUUGCAUCAGAAAUUUGUUGCUGCUGUGAAUCAAUUGGGAAUAGAUAAAGCUUUUCCAAAGAGGAUACUUGAUAUCAUGAAUGUUGAGAAGCUGACAAGAGAAAACGUUGCAAGCCACCUUCAGAAAUAUAGGCUUUACCUGAAAAGGAUCAGUAAUGUGGCAAACCAGCAGGGAAAUAUGACUGCUGCUUUAGGAGUUAGAGAUUCCUCUUUUGUAUCGAUGAGUUCCAUGGGCACUUUUAGAGAUUUUCAUUCCCUUGGCCUGACUGGGCAGCUUUCUAAUACCAGACUUUCAUCUUUUCAAGAAGGAGCCAGAGCUCUAGGCAAUUUAAACUCUAGUAGCAAUUUGGCAAUGAGUGCACCUAACCCUUCUGGUUCUGGGUUGGUUCAAUUUGGUCGUAUGUGCAACUUGAAAAAUCCAUUUGAUGAAUUGGGGAAGUCAAACCAUAUUCCUCUUCCUGGAAGUCAGCAUGCAAAUUUACUCCAGGGAUUGCCCACAAGAUUGGAACUUGACCGCCUGCAGAGCAAAUCAUCCCUUCCCGACCUUAGUGGUUCCACUACAUUACUUGAUGACUCGUUACCGUUUUCAGGCUCCCAGUAUCAGCCAUCAGAUGUUUCCAGUUUCAGUGUUCCUGCAAUGGCUAACAGAACUUUUAGUAGCCCAUUUCUUAAUGUUCCGGACGAUCCUCUGAUGCUACAGCUUUUACAACAAAAACAGCAGCAGCAUGGGGAAAAGUAUAGGGGAAUGGAUGGCCAAUCCACAAGCAAUCGGGAAAACUUUGAGGUCAGUUCUGGCGUAUGUUCUCGUAUACCUGAUCUUGAUAGAUGUAAUAAAACAUGGCAGAAUGCUGUGCAGUUAACAGGAUAUUCAACUGCUUUGCCUGUGGCUCAACCCUUGAAGGACGAUGACCAUUCGACAGCUGGUGUUAGAAACAACAUUUUGUUGCAAUCCUCAUGUGCAGAUGCCAGCACACUUCAUUUGUCUGGCUGCAGUCCCCUGGCAGCAACUUCACAUAAUUCAAUAGUUGGAAGACAGCCAAUUAUGCCACAGGCCACUGCAAGUGAUGGAAACAUGAGACAUUUCUCCAUGGGCAAUGGUUAUGCUUCAAAGCUCUCCUCUUUAAGCCCUACUGGUGGAAGUAUGACACAGAAUCUUAACACUGCAUUGAAGCAAGAUUGGAACAUACAGAAGCCUGGCCAUGCCAACUCCUUACAUACCACUUUCCAAGAUCACCACCUUAUAGCUCAUGGUGCCCAAUAUCCAGCACAAACUAAUUGUACUUUGGAUGGAAAGGUUAAUCUUGAUUGGGGUAGUCAGGAAACUUUGGGUAACCCAUUCUCUAUAAAUCAAUUUGACACUCAGCAGCUAGCCGAUGGACUAGUGAAGAUAGAUAAUCACCUUUCAAGGAGAACAAAGUUCUCGGGCAUGUUUGAGGAUAAUGGUUACAAUUGUCUGGGUGAUGUGGUCAAUGCAGCUUUAAAAAGGGAUCAGGGUGAUGUUGGAUUCAUCAACGGACAAGAGGAAUAUGAUCCAUAUGCUGUUGAGAGAUAUAACUGAAAUGUACUUCUUUUGCUUUUGUCUCAUCUGUCAUCAAAUGAUGCUUGAAGGUGUUUGUAUCAUAUUGUAAUAGCUUUUGUAGCUGUAUGUAUCAAGCCUUUGUGCUUCCAUUACCUUUUAUUUAUAGAUUUCAUAUAGAAUGUUUGAUUUA